ACUGAAAAGGGCUUGGAGCGCGGCGGCGCAGGGAUCCAGCUUCAGCCUGGUCUGUGCCAGCACCCGGUUCCGGAGCGGGCAGCCGAGGAACUCCCGCACGCCGGCGACUGCGCGUGCUCUGCCCGGCACGACUGUAACCUGGAGGGGACGGCCGGAGCGCCCCUCGGGGAGGCGCGAGUCCGAGCCUGGCGCUCCUACCCAGGCGUGCGCUGGCCAGAGGGUGAGGAAGAGGCCUAGCAACACCCACUGCCAUCCCCUCGUCUUCCCAGCAGAGCCGAGGCAUCCAGGCAGCUAGCUGUGGGGUGGCAGCUCGCACCGCGAGCCUCCUCUGCUCAGCUCCCUUUGUCAUCUGAAGAGGACACUUAAGGGAGACAGGAAGGCCAAGGAGAUCGUGGGGCUCUCGGAGGAGAGUGACCGCAGCUGAAAGCCCGGGCCACCCGCUCAGUCGGAGAGGAAGGAUCUGUCGUACUACAGCAUGGCAGGUAAGAAAGUGCUCAUUGUCUAUGCACACCAAGAGCCCCGGUCUUUCAACGGCACCUUGAAGAACGUGGCCGUGGACGAGUUGCGCAAGCAGGGCUGCGCGGUCGCUGUGUCUGACCUGUACGCCAUGGACUUUGAGCCGAGGGCCACAAGGAAAGACAUCACUGGUGCUCUCUCCAAUCCUGAGCUGUUCAAUUACGGGGUGGAAGUCUAUGAAGCCUACAAGAAGAGAUCUCUGGCCAGCGACAUCACUGAGGAGCAGAAAAAGGUUCAGGAAGCUGAUCUAGUGAUAUUUCAGUUCCCGCUGUACUGGUUCAGCGUGCCGGCCGUGCUCAAGGGCUGGAUGGACAGGGUGCUCUGCCAGGGCUUUGCCUUCGACAUCCCCGAGUUCUACGAUGCCGGUUUUCUCAAGGAUAAAUUAGCCCUCCUGUCCCUGACCACAGGAGGCACGGCCGAGAUGUACUCGAAGGCAGGAGUCAGCGGAGAUUUUCGAUACUUCCUGUGGCCGCUCCAGCACGGUGCGUUGCACUUCUGUGGAUUUAAAGUCCUUGCCGCUCAGAUCAGUUUUGCUCCUGAGAUGGCAUCAGAAGAGGAAAGAAAGGGGAUGGUGGCUGCGUGGGCCCGGAGGCUGAAGACCAUCUGGGAGGAGGAGCCCAUCGCCUGCACGCCCCCGUGGUACUUCGGGCAGUGACUGUGCCACGUGCACAUCUUGUGAGCAACACACUAGGAGACCCAAGCGUGUGCAAAGGGAAAUGCAGUCAUGAAAUAAAAUUACAGUAUAGCAAACUGGAAA